UUCCACUCUUCUGGGUUCCAAUUAGCGAAGAAGAAGACGAAGACAUCCAAGAAAGGAAAAGAAGAACCAGUUGAAGAAGAUGAUGCUGAAGCUGCUAAUAUUGAUUUCGAAGAUGCUACUGUAAAGUUUCAAUCUGUUAUAGAAAAAUUCAAUAAAGCUGCCAGUGAAGCCAAAUUGGGAAAGACCAAUCCAAAGAUCUUCGACAAGCUUUCUGUCAAUACACAUGAUGGAGAAUUACCAUUCACUUCUGUAGCACAGACUUCUGUUAAAGGCAGAAAUUUCAUUAUUACGUUAUUUGAUCCGGAAAAUUCCAAACAUGUCAUUAACACUAUUCUUGGAUCAGGUUUAAACAUGAAUGCUCAAGUCGAUCCAUCCAAUAAGUUCACCUUGAAGGUACCAUUACCUCCAGUUACUACCGAGACCAAAAAUGAAUCUGUCAAACAUUUGAAGGAGAUCUUUGAAAAGUUCAAGCACGGAUCUGCGAAGAACAACUCCUUAUCUUCUAUCAGAUCGGAAGUCAGAAAUAAAUUCACAAAACAACUCAAGGGCCACAAAUCUACAGAUGCUGAAAAUAAACUCUUGACCCAAUUCGAAAAAUUGCAUAAACAGUACUCUGACAAACUUAACGAAUCAUUCAAGACUGCUGAAUCAUCAAUUUUAAAAUAA